AUGAAAAAUAUUCGCAAUUGGACUCAAAUUGGAGAACCAUUUUCGAUUGUACCAUCACCUCAUUCGCACAUUAUUUCUGUGGUAGUACCUUUACCUUCAUCAUCAGAUUUAUAUCAAGAUUUAGCAACAAAGAUGCAAGUGAUUGGUAGUGGAAUUCAAAUAAAAUCAAUUGAACAAAUUCGAAAUCCUCGAUUAGAAGGUUUAUAUGAAUUCAUGAAAACCAAUGUUGCAGGUCAAUGUCCACAAUCGAAUACAAAGGAACGAUAUUUAUUUCAUGGAACGAAAACUGACGCAGUACAAGGUAUAACUGAUUAUGGUUUUGAUGAUAGAUAUUUCAGUUCCAGUGGACGAUGGGGUCAUGGUGCCUAUUUUGCUAAUGAUCCGAGAAAAUCACAUGAUUAUACAAAUCUUAAUCCACAAGACCAAACACGCGUCAUGUUUUCCGCUAAAAUUCUUUUAGGUAUACCAUCAGUGCAGAAUACCGAUAAUACGAGUUUGAAUGCAGCACCAGUAGGGUAUCAUUCGGUUCAAGGAACAGGAGGGCAAUACGAAGAAUAUAUUGUUUAUCGAUAUGGUAAAGCUUUACCAUACUUAGAAGUUACAUAUACGGCAUAG